GUGGCUUUUGUAACAACAGUCCAACGCCGCACUUUGAAUGGGAAAAGACUCGUCUUGCCUACAGAGUCAUGUCUUUUAUUUCUGUGUUGUGAUCUCUGUUUGAGAGAGCAGCAUGGAUCUGUCAGAGUCUCAGGAAGUGGACGCUGCCGGUCCCGGACCUGAGCAGAGUCCUAAACCCGAGCUGUCUGCAGCGAUGCGGGCUAAAAUCGAGCGGAACCGGCAGCGAGCGUUGAUGCUCCGACAAGCCCGACUAGCGAGCCGCCCUUUGUCCGCUAUCGAGGGCGCAACUUCGGCCAAAGUUUCCAAGACCAUCGACUCCGGUGCCGGGUUCUUCAUCGAGGAGGAGGAGGACGGACAGGAAGAGCAGAGGACCAGGAAAAUUGUGCAUCAGCCAGCUCCAGUGAUUGAGCCAGACUACCUGGUGUGUGAUGACUGUCAGAAACCCUUUAUGGACUCGUACCUCAGCAACAGCUUUGACCUGCAUGUCUGUGACAACUGCAGAGACAAUGACGAGAAGCAUAAGCUGAUCUCCAGAACUGAGGCCAAGCAGCAGUUCCUUCUGAAGGACUGUGACCUGGACAAGAGAGAGCCUCCGCUCAGGUUUAUACUGAAGAAAAACCCCCAUAACCCUCGCUGGGGGGACAUGAAGCUCUACCUCAAAGUACAGGUGGAGAAGAGAAGUAUGGAGGUGUGGGGUUCAGAGGAGGCUCUAGAGGAGGCCAAAGAGACAAGGGAAGAGAACAGAGAGGUGCAGAAACAAAAACGCUUCAACAAGAAGGUCAAAGAGCUACGCAGGGCGGUGAGGAGCAGCAUGUGGACCAAAGACACCAGUGUUCACCAGCAUCAGUACGGACCAGAGGAGGUGGUGGAUCCAGAGGAGGACCUCUACAAGAAAACCUGCACCACCUGCGGACAUGAACUCACAUACGAGAAGAUGUAGACACACACACACACACACACACACACACCAGCACAGACUUUUACGGGUUUCGUCUAAGGAGAUGAUGUUUGGUGCUUCUGUGGGGAACCGCGCCUCUCAAAUUCCAUCAGCUGUAUUUUUUUGUCUGUUUUUCUACUGGUAUUUAUUAAGAAACCCUCCAUCGUGAUCACACACACACAUGGGGCCAAAAUCACUCUCCUGUCUGACACUUACAGGCUGUUAUAGGUCUGUAGUAACUUCUAUUUUAAACAUUUGUUACUGACCUCAGCUUGACCUGUUGUAUAUUUUUAGUCUUGCCUCUCUGGUCCGCGAUAUUGCUACACUUCCUGUUUCUUUUAUAGAACAUGGAGAUUUCCUCUGAUGUUGGGCAAAUUAAGGAAGACACGAUACUGAAACUUUAAAAUACUGUCUUGCGUAAAAAAGUGAAUUGUGGGGCCUGCUUUAUGACUGAAACACAAAUGAUGAGUAAGAGUUAAAGUCCUCUACAGGAGGAUAAGGCCACAAACAGAAGUGGAUGUAGCCAUCGUGACAUCACCCACUGGUUUGUUGACUCCCGUUUCGAAGCAUCGAGUAUGGAAUAUUGGUCGCUGCCAUCAUGUUUUCUGGAGCCAGAAGUGACCAUAUUCGGACGAGAGAGUGGAGCUGUGGAGGAGCGAGGAGAUCUGAGAACCCGAGGACACCAUGCACGCCAUACAAUGUAGCCACAGCCUAAAGCAAUCCCUGCUUUAUCAUCUGUUUUAUUCUAAAUGAGACCAAAAUUCACUAAAUGAACCCUGUGUUGUGUUGAAGACUUGAAACCGACGAUUGACACCAUAAACUCAUGAGGAAAAUGUUUACUGAAGAAAUAAAUCACGUGAGAAGUAGCGCCAUUUUCUCAUAAUUUCACAUUUCUUUUGUAUUGCCUUUGCUAUACCACAUGAAGAAGUAAUAAUUAGAUUCCUAAUAUCUAUACUAACCCUUGUACCAAAGAAGAGAGGGAUAUUUGCUUUGGACUCUCAUCAAUAAUUUUCUUUCCUGGCUACAUCCAGCUGCCAAUCUUGCAAUAUUCAUGAUAGGUCCAAAGCAGGAGGUAUCUGCCAUUAAAGGCCAAAUAAUAUGAAUAUAUUCAAGUAUUUCUAACCCUAACCCUUUUAUUUCUAUGCUUUCUAAGUUUAUUGACAGCACUUCUUGGUUUUUUAUUCCCCCAGACAAACAUUAUAAAAAGCUUUUUAAUUUCUUUAAACCUUAAUUCAGGUAUUUCUUAAUGGAAUUGAAGAAAUCAUAAAAGAAAUCAUAGGGGGAAAAAAAAUCAUUUUGAUCAUCUCCGCUCUGCCACACUAAGGCAGCAGAAGUGUUCUCCAUCUAGUAAGAUCUUCUCUAAUAGUUUUAAUCAACUUGGGACCAUUUACCUUCGAAAUGUUUUCAAUAGGGGAAAUCCUGUUUAUACAAAGAUAUUUCAGUCCCUCCUUCUUCUAAACUAUCUGAGUUGCAUCAAGAUGUGCUGGAAAAGUCACACACUUGAGUGGAGUGGGCUUCACUCUUGUUCCAGUUUAUGUCCCGGAAAAUUGCCACACUCCUUUGAGGUCAAAUAAGUGUGGCACUGAGUUUGCAAAUACAAUUUACUUUGAAAUCAUAUCCAUACAUAUUAACACCACUAAUUUGUUGGUUAGUUCUAACAGUGCAAGCAAGUGGUUCCAGUGACAAAACAAAAAGUACUGGUGAAACUGGACAUCCUUGCCUUGAUGUUGAUUUGGUUACUCAAAGGGCUGAGACACAAUUCCAUUUGCCUUGACUCAGGCAAGUGAUUUAUAAUAAAGGGCUCUGAUCCACUGCAUACAUAUAGGACCAAAGC